AGAUAAACCUGUUCACUUCACACCGGCACCUCCUCCUGAUGGUUGCAGAGGGAAGUUGUGCGGAUUUGGAGCGGUGUGUGAGAGAGACCAAGCUGACCCAUCUAAAGGAGAGUGUGUGUGUAAGAAGAUUGUGUGUACAUCUGUGGUGGCGCCAGUGUGCGGAUCUGACUCCUCCACCUAUUCCAAUGAGUGUGAGCUGGAGAAGGCUCAGUGCAAUACACAGAGACGCAUCAAGGUGAUGCGCAAAGGCCCCUGCGCCCUCAAGGACCCGUGCAGUGAGGUAACCUGUAGCUUUGGCAGCACCUGCAUCCAGUCAUCGGAUGGUCUGUCCGCCAAGUGUAUGUGUCCUCUGAGCUGUGAAAACGUCCCCAAGCAUGUGGUGUGUGGCAGUGACGGCCUGGACUACCAAAGCGAAUGUGAACUCAACAUGAAGGCCUGCGCCACUCAGAAGAACAUCCGUGUGCAUCACCAGGGCCGCUGCGAUCCUUGCAGUGACACUCUGAACAGCUUAAGCACAGCCUGUCGAGUCAACCCAAAGACCUACCAGCAGAUUACCUUUGCCCCGGCUGAGUCUUGUCCGCCUGACGAAAUGCCCAUCUGUGCCAGCGACGGACAUACCUACGAGAGCAUGUGUCAGAUGGAGCGCACUGCCCUGAAGAACAACCUGGAGCUCAAAAAGGUCUCUUUAGGCAGCUGCAAGGAAAAAGGGGGCUGCCCGAAUGGUUGUAAGUUCAACGCCAUAUGUUUGCUGGAAAAUGGAGAGUUUCGGUGCUCCUGCGAUCCCAUACAAUGCGACGGCACGUACAAGCCCCUGUGCGGAAAGGAUGGCAAGACAUACCCCAACGACUGCGAGAGGAAACUGCAGGAAUGCCGGACCCAAAAAGACAUCCCUGUCAAACAACAAGGGCCCUGUGAUCUUAACCUGGAGAGCCCCUGCCUGAAGAAGACCUGCGAGUUUGGAGCCGUGUGCGUGGUGAAGAACAGCGAAGCAGUGUGUGAAUGCUCAGACGCCUGUCCGCAGGACCAAGACCCUGUUUGCGGCAGCGAUGGGCACACGUACAGCAGCUCAUGUCAAAUGAAGGCCAUGGGAUGCGCUCUUCAGAAACAGAUACAGAUGCAACACAAAGGACCAUGUGCAGAUGAGUCCUGCACCAACUGCUCGUUUGGCGCGAUCUGUGAUGCCCAGACUGGCCGGUGCGUGUGCCCUAAAGGCUGUUUGGAAACACGGCAGCCCGUAUGCGGCAGCGACGGCACCACGUAUGACAACGAGUGCAAGCUCAACGUCCAAGCCUGCACUAAACAGCUGGAUCUCAAGGUGGUGGCCCAUGGAGAAUGCAAAACCUGUGGCAGCACUGUGUGUAGCUGGGGGUCGCAGUGCGUGAACAACAAGUGUGAGUGUCAGCAGUGCACAGGUCAGCCGGUGAAACCCGUGUGUGGCAGCGACGGCAACACAUACAACAACGACUGCGAGCUGAGACAGGCCUCCUGUCAGAAACAGAUUAAGAUAGAGGUGGCCAAGCCUGGCGUCUGCGAUGAAGACUGUGGUUCAGGAGGCUCCGGCUCGGGAUCUGAGACUUGUGAACAGGACCGAUGUCGCCGAUAUGGAGGAACGUGGGACGAUGACAUGGAGGACGAGCGAUGUGUUUGUGAACUAAACUGUCAGAUUGUGCUGCACAGCCCGGUGUGCGGCUCUGAUGGAAACACGUACUCCAGCGACUGUGAGCUCAAGAAGACCAGGUGCGAAAAGCAAAUAGACCUGAGUGUCCAAAGCCAAGGGCCCUGUCCAACUAUCGUAUCACCACCUCCAGAGCUUGUUGCCUCCCAGCACUGUAGCCAAACCGUUUAUGGAUGUUGUGAAGAUAACAAGACCGCUGCCCUGGGUGUUGGACUGGCUGGAUGUCCUAGUAUGUGUCAGUGCAAUCAUUACGGCUCAUACGGAGGCACAUGUGACCCCUCGACUGGCCAGUGUUCCUGUAAACCUGGUGUCGGUGGACUGAAGUGCGACCGCUGUGAGCCCGGAUUUUGGAACUUCCGUGGCAUUGUCACAGAAAACAUGAGCGGCUGCACACCGUGCAACUGUGAUGGAGUGGGUUCGGUUCGUGAUGACUGCGAGCAGAUGUCAGGCCUGUGCUCCUGUAAGCCUGGAGUUAAGGGCAUGAAAUGCAACGUGUGCCCCGAUGGCAGCAAGAUGGGAGUCAACGGCUGUGAGAAAGGACCUAAGGCUCCCAAGUCCUGUGCUGAGCUUGUGUGCCACUUUGGGUCUUCAUGCGUGGAGGUGAAUGGACAGGCUCACUGUGAGUGUCCUUCACCAGAUUGUGAUGAGAAAAACAAGACCAAGGUAUGUGGUUCUGAUGGGGUCACCUAUGCAGACCGGUGCCAGCUGAAGACCAUCGCAUGCCGACAAGAUAAAGAGAUCAAGGUGGAGCAUUUAGGCCAGUGUAAAGAAUCCAUUGAGCUGACGGCCAAACCCACCCCCUUCCCAACCACCCACCGCACCACCCCUCCCACCGCUCACGUCAAGGUCACCAAACAGCGACAUGGCCACCGCACCACCACUCCGGACAGCUAUGUGGUGGAGGCAAUGCCUCCACCGAGGUUGGAUGGAGCGCGAAAGUUUUCCAGCCCUUUCACCACCCACCGUCCCACUACACCCUACAAACCACUCCGCACCUCAUCCCCACCUCUGGACUUUGACGAGUCGGGCAGUGGAGAGCCCAGUGGGGAUGAUGAGAUGGUGAGCGGAAUGGAGGAGAGCGGAGAAGAGCCACUUGGUACAACAGUAGCUACUACCACUCUUCCCACAGCUGAGGAGCGAUCGUCCUGUGACAACACAGCGUUCGGCUGCUGUCCCGAUGGGAAGACGGCCGCCGUCAACUCAGAGGGCACAAACUGCCCAUCCACCAUGCGUUUCAGCGGCUUCCUGCACCUGGAUAAGGUUGAGGGUCAGGAGGUCUUCUACACGCCUGAGAUGGAGGACCCCAAAUCGGAACUGUUUGGUGAAACGGCCCGAAGCAUCGAGAGCGCUAUGAAUGAGUUGUUCCGCAAGUCUGAUGUCCAGAAAGACUUCCAGAGUGUCCGUGUGAGGAAUCUAUCCCCCAGCAACUCCAUAAUAGCACAUAUCGAGGCUCACUUCGACCCAGACACAAGGUUCAAUGUGGGGGAUAUUGAGGGAGCCCUUCUCAAACAGCUUAAGGCAUCUAAAGACACUGGCAUCGUUGUGAAGAAACCGGAGGAAGAGAACAUUCACAUCAACAACUAUGGUCUUUCAACUGUUCCUUUCUUUACCACCACAACAACCACUGUGGCGUCUGUCACGACUCCCACUACCACCACCACCACAAUGUCUCCCAGUUCUGCUUAUACCACUCUCCGGCCCAUCACUACUAGACGACCCUUCACAAGCCACAGAACCACCACGCCAGCACUAGCCACCACCACUGCACCACAUGUGCCCAAGACCACAGUUUCGCUUAUGAACAGACUAGGGCCCCACGCUCACAGUCCAUGUGACUCUCAGCCCUGCCGACAUGGAGGAACCUGUGAAGAAGACGACAAUGACUUCACCUGUAUCUGUCCAGCAGGACGAGGAGGAGCCGUGUGUGAGAAAGUUAUAAAGUACUUCAUACCAUCCUUUGGUGGAAAGUCUUACAUGGCGUUCCAGACCAUGAAGGCCUACCAUACUGUACGCAUUGCCAUGGAGUUCAGGGCUUCGGAAAUGACUGGGAUAUUGCUCUACAAUGGGCAAAAAAGCAAAAAGGACUUUCUUUCUCUGACUCUAGUUGAAGGAUAUGUGGAGCUCAGGUUUAACACUGGUUCAGGGACUGCUUCAGUUAUCAGUAAAGUCCUGGUAAAGCCGGGUCGCUGGCAUCAGCUUGUUGUAGUACGUAACAGGCGCAAUGCCAUGCUGAGCGUGGACAAUGAGCCCAGCGUUGAAGGACAAAGUCCUCCAGGAACAGAUGGACUCAACCUGGACACAGACCUUUUCAUCGGCGGAGUGCUUGAUGACAUGAGUGCAGACGUAAAGGAGAGGACAUCAGUUUCAGCAGGUCUGGUGGGCUGCAUCCGCAUGCUGGACGUGAACAACCUUGUCUAUAAUCUGCAAGAGAAUGGCGGCAGCGUUCUGUACGGUUCGGCCAUUGGCGAGUGUGGCAACAACCCAUGCCUGCCAAACCCCUGCAAGAACGGAGCGUCCUGUCAGGUCAAAGAAGCCGAGAUUUUCCACUGCAAAUGUGUCAACGGUUUCUCUGGCCCGACCUGCGCUGAUGCCCACAACCCCUGCGACCCCAAUAAAUGCCACCCGCCAUCACGGUGCCAGGUCCUUCCAGAGGGAGGUUACAAAUGCGAAUGUCCGAUGGGACGUGAAGGCAGGCACUGUGAAAAAGUGUCAGACAAGGGAGGCGCUUUCAUUCCUUACUUCACUGGAGAUUCUUUUCUGGAGCUCAAAGGCCUCCAUACGUAUAACCAGGAUCUCAGGCAAAAAUUCAGCAUGACUAUCGUUCUACUGGCCAAUGACUCCAAAGGCAUGAUCUUCUACAAUGGUCAGAAGACAGACGGCAAAGGGGAUUUCAUCUCGCUCUCUCUUAAUGACGGCAUCCUGGAGUUUAGAUAUGACCUGGGCAAAGGGCCAGCUGUCAUUAGGAGUAAAGAAAAAAUCAAGCUGAACGAGUGGAACACGGUGAAUUUGGAACGGGCCAGCAGAAAAGGAGAGAUUAGCAUUAACGGCAAAGACCCUGUCAGAGGAGAGGCGCCGAAUCAGCACACGGAUCUCAAUCUGAAGGAAUCACUCUUUGUGGGUGGAGCUCCUGAUUUCCGCAAAGUAGCCAGAGCUGCUGCGAUCAAAGAUGGCUUCAAAGGGGCCAUUCAGAAGAUUACUUUGAUGGGAAUUCCAAUCCUGAAAGCUGAUAAUGCCCUUUCGUCCACUGACGUGUCCAUGUAUCCUAAUCAUCCCUGCUCCAAAGACGUUUGUGAGAAUGGAGGCCGCUGCAACCCCCAGCUGAACAGCUAUGAGUGCGCCUGCCGCCACGGAUUCUCCGGACACCACUGCCAGGACACAAUAUUCGAGAAGUCCGCUGGGGACACGGAGGCCAUUGCGUUUGAUGGUCAUACAUUUAUCGAAUAUCACAACAGAGUCACCAAAAGCGAGAAAGCCCUGCUGGUGAAUAAAUUCGAGCUGAGCAUCAGGACAGAGGCUACGCAUGGUCUGAUUUUGUGGAGCGGAAAGGGAGUUGAGCGCUCUGACUACAUCGCCCUCGCCAUUGUGGAUGGAAGAGUACAGAUGACCUAUGACCUCGGCUCCAAGCCUGUGGUGCUGCGCUCCACUGUACGGGUCAACACCAACCACUGGAUACGAAUUAAGGCCAGCAGAGCGCUCAGAGAUGGCUCUCUGCAGGUUGGUAAUGAGGCAGCUGUCACUGGGUCUUCACCCUUGGCUGCCACACAGCUGGACACAGACGGGGCUCUCUGGUUGGGUGGACUGGAGGAGCUGUCUGUGGCUCGACGGCUGCCCAAAGCUUACAGUACAGGCUUCAUUGGCUGCGUCAAAGACGUGAUAGUGGACGGCGUGGAGCUGCAUCUGGUGGAGGACGCCUUAAAUACUCCCAAAAUAUCACACUGUUCUGCCAAAUAA